CUAGCUCUGGAUUUUGACAGGUCGCAGCUGUGUGCAUUUGGAUUGUUUCUGUUAUGGAUUUUUAAGUCGUAGAAUUUGUGGUUAUUUAUGUAAACUUUCUGAUAACCAAUGAAAAACAACUGAUUCCAACAAGUUAAAUGUUUGAUUUUAUCGCAACGUUGUAAUCCCACACCAUGAUUCAAAUAGCCUAUUCACCUCUCAAUAUCAUAAAAUAUUAAUAUAGCAGAAGUAUGGACCCAAUAGACAAUGAAUGGCUUGGAAUAAAAAAUGAGCCUAUUGAUGACACUCCCCAAAUUGGCAAUGCUGUCCGUAGCUGGCAGUGGCGGGAGCACGGCCUGGAUCCUCCGCACAGUCCGGCCAACAAAACUGUACUUGAAAAUAUUGCCGAGGAUAUCUUAGUACAGAAGCCACUUAAUAUAAGAUCCUGUGAUUUGCCCGGGUACCCCAGGUCCACAUUUUUGAUGGUUUUUAGUCCUGAUGGCACAAAAGUAGCAUCAACUCAUGGCAAUCACAAUGUGUAUGUGUCAGAGCUAGCGAGUGGCAAACAUGUGAGGAUACUGAAGGGGCAUCCUCGUACGCCAUGGUGCAUCGCUUUCCAUCCGUCCCAUCCCCAGCUUAUUGGUUCGGGCUGUCUGGGAGGACAAGUCAGGGUUUGGGACAUAUCCAGUGGUGGCAGUGAAGUAUGGAACGUGCGAAACGAGACGGUGAUAGCUUCCAUCGCGUUCCACCCGCGAGAGCAACUUCUCGUGAUCGCCACGUACAACGAGUUGUACUUCUGGGAUUGGAGCCAACCCGCGCCCUUCACGAGGGUGUCCACUAACAAUGUUAAUGAGAAAGUUAGGUAUGUAGCAUUCGACGCCCUGGGCUACAAGCUGAUCACCGGAAUAUCGCUCUGGACCACUGGACCCUCUGGCAAUGUCACAACAACACUACUCCAACACGGCCCCCCAACAACCAUCAUGCUCAACCGCCGGGACGACCCUAGCGAUGGGCCCAGUCGGAACCAGGAGAACCCUGGCACUGCGCAGGAUAUGAUCGUUAACUCGUAUCAGAACUUGGUGCAACGGUAUGACAGCUUGGUGAGGAAUUACCAGAGGUUGUUUAUGGUGCGACAUAGACUGACUAAUACGCCGCCGCCGCCGAAUACGACGGACCGGGGCACCGACCCGAUGGAGACGGACCUGUCGCCAUCGCCGUGCUUGCGCCAUGCGCGCCCCUCCACUUCUGCUGCCAAUGACGAUGCACAAUCUUCGGCCGGUACGUCGCGGCGGCAAGACGGGGCCGAGAGAAGCGACGGGGAGGGUAGCAGUAGUCGCCUCUUGAAUCUCGACGUUUUGUCUAUUGAUGGAAACCCGAGAGGUCAAAAUAAUCCAGAGUCCCCGCAACAGGAACAUUCCAUUUUCGGAUCGCGGUCAUCAGCAUUCCAACCCCUAACCGGAACCGGGAUCGGAAGAUCUUUCAGAACGAUAGAUCAAAACGAGCGCACACGUCUACUACCGAAUCCCUUCUCCUCGACGGGCGGCCUCGCCCGGUCCGGCCGAGUAAACUUUGCGGAACUUUCAUCAACGAACGCCAACUCCUCCCGCACGAGUCUGUUCACGGCGACGUCGUUCGCGAAUAUUGCGGCGCAGCGCCGGCGGCAGCACCUCGCGCACAUGGCCAACGCGCUGCAAAGCGAGAGCGCCUCGACAUCCUCCGACGCGUCGUCCACACCCUCCCGGCCGAGGUUCCCCGGCCUCCGCCCCGACACGCCCCCCUCCACCUCCACGUCGGAACCGACCGCCCAACGACCCCCCACGACCAACUCCUCGACCCAAAUGAGCCCCACCAGCGCGCCCGUGGACGCGCAGGCGAUCAACGAAAGUCUAGAUCUAAUACGGGACAUACUGAGGGAUUCGGGGACUAGAUUAUUAAAUUUGAUAACGAAUAUGUCGCUGUCGACGCUGGCGAGCGUGGAGCGCGGCACGGGGCGGGCGCGGCGCGCGGCGGGGGGCGCGGGCGCGUCGGGCGCGCGCUCCGACGACAGCGAGGGCGGGCGCCGCGCGCGCGCCCGGCCCCGAGUGCGCCUGCUCAGCUCCACGCUGCGCCGCGACCUGGUGCUCUCCUCCAGCUCCGACUCCGACAGCGACGACUCCCUGGACAUCAACAUCUUCCGGGCGCGGCGCACGCCGCUCCAGGUCGCGUCGAGCCUGCUCCGGCGGACGCGGUCGAGCGCGCCGCCCGCCGACGGGGAGCCCCCCGCCGAUACGGAACGGGACCGAGGCGCGCAGCCGGAGAGUAGACCGACCGGCCCCGCCGAUUUAAAUGCCCCCCGCCCGUCUCCCGGCAGAGAUAGUUUCUGGACGAGAGGAGGCGUCGUCCCCCCCGACGAGGCCCACCGGAGGGUCCGCUCGGGGGUCCACGCCCUACAGAAGCACGCCCUGCUGCUGACCAAUAUGUGGCUGCGCGGCAACGGGACCACCAUGCGCGAGCUUCGCGCCAUGUGGGAGAAUUUGCGCCGACGAAUAUUGACGCUGCACAGGGAGACGGGGCGCCGGGACUUGCCCAGCUACUAUACCAGAUCUCUGCUGGAGAGAUGUAUGUUUUUAUCCGAAUUGCACAGCGCGAGACCCGCGCGGCACGCCGCCCGAAACGACGAGAGCGGGCGGAGUCAGCCGGAGCGACGGGACGCUUCGGCGAAUGCCGGAUCUGCGAGCGGUUCCAACGUGACGGGGAGUGAUCUAAACGCUUCGACGGAAACUAGUACCGACAACCGCGAGCCUCGCCCGCGUCGCUCCCCCCCGACGAGGUCCUCCCCGAGCGUCCGCGCCUCGCCCUCGACGCGCCGACGGCUGCAGUCCGGCUCCAGAUGGCGGCCCGAGGACGAGAUCCGCCGGCGGUCCCGAAAUCCGGCCGCGAACCGACUAUCACACCGGCACCCCCCCAACAGAUCUCGCAGAGAUUUCGCCCGCGUGAUCGAGAUCAGCGCCACCAGACACGAAAUCCGAAUGCGAGCGAUGCAAGUUCUCUCCGUAAUGUUCAACAUGAUGAUGAUGUGUUUGGAGGAGCGAGGUCUUAGCCAACUUAUUAUAACUAUGUUACGUACGCUAAAGAGAGCUCUAGCUUUGACUUGCCUGAUGUUGAUGACGAAUAGAAACGCCGCCAGAUCCGGCAAUAAUUCUGGGUCUUCGAGUGCGCGGGUAGAUUCUUCGAACGUAGUCCGCAUUCAAAAUGCGGAGCACUCGGGUCCCGUGAACGUGGACGUGGACGGCCCCGACGAAGUCGUGUCUCUCGACAACCCCACUCUCCUCGGCGAGCCGGAGCCGGGGGCGGUGCCUAUCCAAAAAAUCAAUAAUGACGCCCGCGCCUUGGAAAGAGAGAGACCGCGCACAUCGCAAUGCGCGGGAACGGGAAACAGUUCGACGCAAGAGGAAUCACCUCCGUCUCAUUCCACCGCACAGAAGUGGAGCAAUCGGCUCGCGGUUCAAAUAUCAGCUGCGAACAGGAAUAACUCUGCGACGGCAAGAAACAGAAGAGAACUAUAUAUAGAGAGCAGAAGACUUAAAGCGUUGCACAGGACCAAUCCAGGUGCACAUCCAAUAGUCAAGAAAAGAUUUCCUCCAAUAUCCCACCACAGGAUUCCAGCUAUGCGCUUCGUGCCCAAUAAAGAUGUUGCCGGGGUAAAUACUUCAAGAAAUGUUCCUAACAUGCUCGACGAGCCGGUCGCCGGGCCGUCGAACGCCCCCUCGAAUGAAUCCAGGCAAGAAACGCCUCGGGCGAUAGACGAGUUCGAGCAGAGGGUGCAUUUAAUUCGCCUAGCUCACAUGCAAGCGGUCAGAUUACGGUCGGCGGCGAGGAAUCGUUUCAGACGCUUACAAACCAUUCGAUUGUACACACCGUCUUCGGUGCGGGAAAUGUUCGCUUUGCAAUCUAACAACCCGGAGAAUCAGCAGCCUGGGAAUAGGUCUCCCAGUGGACCGGAAUUUGGUCGAGGACGGCCGUUCGCGGCGUACAGGCCCCACAUUCUCGGGCCCCGACCCGAGCGGGACAGAGGGGAGGACUCGGGCCAAGUGGCCGGGGUGGUGGAGGUGCAGCCCAUGCAGUUCAACGUGAACAACGUGGCGGCGCUCAUGCAGGUGAACGACCACAACGUCAACGAGGCGCCCAGCCCCUCGCAUAGGCUGCCGCGCAUACAAGAGUACCUGCAACCUAUUAUACUGGCACAGAACGCCAUGGCGGUGGACGAGGAGCACGGGGGCGGGGGCGGGGGCGGCGGGGCGCGGCGCCUCAGCGGCAUGGCGGGGCUGCUGGACUCGGGCAUCCUGUCCGACGCGCUGCCCGCGCCCGCGCACCGAGUGCAGGCCUGGGACUUCACCACCGGCGACACGCCCGACAUCGCAGACAGUACAAAGAACGUGGUGGUCCAAAGAUGUCGGAUACAUAACGACGCCAGCAUCGACAUAUCAAAGGACGGGCGUCUGCUCGUGGCGCUACUGCCGGUGCCGCGGCUAAGAAACACUAACCAUUGGCUGGGUGUAUACUCGUUGGAAUGGUCGCGGCUAGGCCAGUGCCUACACACAGCGGUACUAGAGCAGAGCGCGGUCUCAGUGGCCUUAUCCCCCACGGCGCGGCACCUGGCCGUGGGGCUCGGCUCGCGGCGUUUCACCACGCUGCCCAACGCGCGGAACAGCGUGUUCGCGCUGCUGUACCGACUGGACCCCCACGAGAGCUCGAGCCGUACAGGUCUGUCUCCGAUCAAGGAGUUGGAACAGAACUGGGAGCAAGGCUUCACGAGCCUCAACUGCCUCCGCUGGGCGCCUCAGCCCGGCCAGGGACUCGUCUACGCCAACAACACUGGACAACUCAUCAUCAUGAGCUAGGUCAUCAAGUAUCUUAGAUUCUUAGUCUCCUAAAGGAGUUGGCACUGAACUGGGAGUCUUCACGAGUCUACUGCCACCGAUGGGCCCCCUCAAACUCGUCUACGCGAACAAGA